CUUUCCCUCUUUCUUCCGCUUCUUUCUACUCUAGUGUACUCUUCUGUUCAGUUCAGUUUGAAAAAGAAAACUGAAAAUCGACGGCAAUGUCGACGCCAACUUGGGAUGCAAUCGAGAGUUUCAAGAGCAUAACCGGACAGUCUGAGUCAGUUGCACUACGGAAACUAGAGGAGUAUGGAGGCGAUCUAAAUGUGGCUGUCAGUGCAUAUUUCCUUGAAUUGGAAAGAAGCGUUAUGAAUCCGAUAAAAGCUGAUUCUUCUCGGCAUGAUUCUGUAGACGUGAACAAUCAGAGUGGAUUUGGAGCACGUGGAAUUGUUCCUCUCAUCUCAGCUGUUAGAAGAUUUAGGCCUUCGUUAUUGCUUGACCCCAACUAUAGGAGGAAUUUGCUAAACCAGAUUGGUGCUCCUAAUUUCAAUCACCAAGCAACAUCUCCUCAUAUGGGAGAGGUGACUGGGGUCCCUGUUGUGUUUAGCAGUGGAAAUGAGCAUCCCCUGUAUUCAGGAGUGAGACCUUCUUCCAUCACGGAUUCACUAGGUACACCAUUGUAUUAUGGAGGGGGGAUUUACAACAAUGUCUCAAGAGAUGGCCAUCAACAGAUCAAUGGCGUAGAAUCUGAAAUGAUGCAAGCUGCAAUUGAGGCAUCUAAGGAGUUUGAACAAACAUAUAUGAAUCAGCGACAUGGUUCUUCCAAUGGUUCAUCUAGUGUUGGGCUUCAACAGAGGCAUCUUGAGCAAGAAGAUGAUGAGCUUGCACGUGCAAUUUCAUUGUCUUUGAAGACAGCAGAUGAAGAGAAAGCAAUACGAAUGUUGAAGGAUCAUUAUGAACAAAUGGGAGCAUAUGAUUCAAAUGAUAGAACUAAGGCAACAACUAGUAACAACUCUAAGGCAGGAAACUCAUCAGUUAUACAACCACCAGUGACUCAUGAACCCAUCCAUGAUAUUCAUAAUCAUCUUCGGAGUAGAGAUUCAUUGAACUCUAAUGAGUGGGUUGGUAUUUCAGAGAAAGAGCUUGAUGAAGCAAUUAUGCUGGAGACCCAGCAUUUUAGCCAGAUUACCGAAGGUUGGUUGUGUCUCCCUUCUCAUGAGCAAGGUGGUCCAAGUAGAAGCAUUAAUGAUGGUCUACAGGCUGUAUCUCAGCCACAAUCAUCCUCUUUAGUGGACCAACGUCUACUGCGGAAACAGCAGGAUGAGGAAUAUCUGAUUUCUCUAUUAGCUGAUAAAGAAAAGGAGAUGGAUACUCUUAAGAAAGCUGAAAGUCACAGUUUGAAAGAAGAAUCUUUCAGAAGGAAGCUUGAAGGAGUUUACAAGGUAGUGGCAACAAAAAUGACUUCACUUCCACCAGAGCCAGCAAGGGAUGAUGAGAAUGCAGUAACUAUACUUGUUAGGAUGCCUGAUGGUACUCGCCAUGGACAUUGCUUUUGCAGGUCAGACAAGCUCCAGCUUGUUUUUGACUUCAUAGAUGUUGGUAAAGUGGCGAAGCCGGGCACUUACAAAGUGGUAAGGCCCUAUCCUCGCCGUGCUUUUGGUGCUGCUGACUGCUCUUUAAGUUUGAAUCAACUCGGUCUGACAAGCAAAAAGGAAGCAUUGUUUCUGGAGUUCAUAUAGGAUUGACUAUUUUUCUUGAGCUGGUAGCUUUUGGCCAGAUGACUCCAAGGGUGUU